CGCGUUUGCAAAGAGAUUGCGCUUGCCUGCUUCAACAGUUUACACUAAUGAGCAACUUGAAGCGCCCGUGGGAAGACGAAGUCGCCACUCAAGAAGCGACAGCUUCAGUGUCGGAUUCCAGCGUAAAGAGGCCACGACCUGAAGCUACUUCCGACGACGCUGAGGUGCAGACCAACGAGAAGGUAGAAAGCAGCGAGCCAUCCGCUGAACCGAUGGUUCACCUACAGAAGACGGCAACCGAGUUGUCUGAAGACGCUCCUCCCAGCACACUCUCAAGCCAACUGUCAUCUGAAUCAGGUGAUGCGGAGGCGCUCUCCCAAGAUGCAGAGGCCGCCGAAAAUGCAGAUCAGCCAAUGAGCCGCAUGAAAGUCGACAAUCUUCCCAACUUUUGCAGCAGAAAAGACAUUCAAAAGUUUUGCAAGGCGAAUGAUGUGAUCGUCCAUCAGUUGAAGAAGGCCCCAAAAUGGAACUAUUGUUUCUUGGGGUUUAAGACACAAGAACAGAGAAAGGACGCUUUGGAAAAGCUGAGAGGAAAGACGAUCAAGGACAAUGUCGUUCAAGUCUCAGAGGUUGAAGCAGUCGAGCGACAAGGCACGGCACGCAUGCAAGGAAAGGCACAGAAGGAUGUGGUGGCAGAGAGCGCAACAGAUACUCGCACUGCAGAUGAGCAGCUGGCGGAUCAAGUCACCCCGCUUUGGAGAAAACCUUACGAAGAGCAACUCAAAAAUAAGCGUACUGUCCUUAGACAGGCACUUUACAAAUUCAAAAAGGAGAUGUUCAAGUAUUUCCCGAAAGAGUACAUUCGAAACAGGUUUCCGGCCCCGACAACAACUGUCGUCACAAAAGACAUGACGCCUGAAGAGAGAGCUAUUGUUCAAUUAGCUUGGUUUAUGCCAGCGCUCAAGGCAAAUGAUGACAUUCCAUGUCCAUUGUCCGACCCCCUUCCAUCGCCAGUCGUGAACGGAUACCGCAACAAAUGCGAAUUUACUUUUGGAUGGAAUUUGAAGAGAGAGAAGGUUGUUGGAUUCCUUUUGGGUCUUUACAAAGAGGGUAUUGUCAAUGUGUUGGAACCAACAAAUACCCUGAAUGUAUCACCAGCUGCGGUAAAGAUCGCAGCGACGCUUCAAACGUUUCUACGGGCAUCUGACCUCGACCUCUACGAUCGAAUCAACAAGAAAGGAUUUUGGCGUAUGGCUUUGGUGCGUACGCACCGGACCAACGAGUCCAUGAUCGUCGUUCAAUACAGCCCAUCCGACGUCAGUGUAGACAAGAUUCAAGCAGCUAAGGAUGCCCUUAAAUCCCAUUUCCAGCGCGCCAUGGCUGAUGGUGAGAUUGCUGUCACCACUUUACUGGUGCAAGGUUGGGACGGCGUAUUCAACGGUAUGACAGACAAGAGCCCCUUGGAGAUUCUCUAUGGAUCCGGCUACGUCCACGAGACUUUGUUGGGUAUCAACUUUAGAAUUUCGCCUAGCGCGUUUUUUCAGGUGAAUACGGAGGCUACGGAGGUGCUGUACUCGACCGUGAAGGAUUGGUGUGCUUUGGAUGAAGUUGAACGGGAAAGAAAAGAAGCAGCGGACGAGGAUAGUGGGAAGACCAAGUGCGAGGAAGCUCAAACGAAGAUGGAAGAGACAGUUCCAGCGGAGACAAAUGGAAGCGUGGCUGCUUCCACUGAUCCGGCCAAUAUCUCCUCCGAAGCGCCUGUAACUCCACACCCGAAAGAUCUCUCUCCUCCUGGCACAGUCCUCCUGGAUCUCUGCUGCGGCACAGGUACAAUCGGACUGACCAUGACAUCGCAGGUCAAAAAAGUCGUUGGGGUUGACAUUAUUAAAGACGCCAUUGAGGACGCCGAAUACAAUGCAAAGCUGAAUAAUGCAACCAACGUAUUUUAUUAUGCCGACAAGGUUGAAAAUGCUAUCAGAACAAUUUUUGCGGAGCACGUUGGGAGCCGAGAUGAUGUUGUUGCAGUUUUGGAUCCACCGAGGAAUGGUGUGCACGCGGAUGUGAUAAAGGCUGUAAGGGCAUGUGAGGGAGUCCGACGGGUGGUGUAUGUGAGUUGUGAUGCAGAACAGGCUUGUGGAAACUUUGUUGACCUAUGUCGCCCGACAUCGAACAAGUAUCGUGGCCUACCAUUCAAGCCGAUUCGUGCGCAGCCUGUAGAUUUGUUUCCACAUACCAAGCACUGCGAAUUAAUUUUGGAGUUCCGGCGGUGAAGAGACUGGAUAGAAUAUUGAUAGAUUGCAAGAUAGUGUAGUUAUUCUUGAGCAUUUAUUUAUACAGUUGCCUGACAGGUGUCUACAUGUAUAUACAACCGGCUUAAGUGAUGAUGUAGAACUACAAGCAUCUCUGUGAACCGGUUA